AAGAAGGAAAGGAGGAAGAAAGUAACAGUAUACUUAUUAAAAGGAGAUGAAAAAUUAAAUAUGUAUCUUAAAAAGGAUAUAUUAAAAAUAUUAGGUGAUAGUGGUUACUACUCGGAGGAGUGGAAGAUGACAGAUGACAAAUAUGAAUAUAAAG